AUGAAAAUUAGACAUUUGCUUAAGAAAUGUGUAAGAAUUGAGAAAUCAGCUGCACUAAUAGCAGGAGAUUCUGAGCGUAGCAAACAGGCAAAUGACUUUCUAGGUUUAAUAGAAGACGAGUGGACAGAUGAAGUGUCCUGUUGUGCAUUACAGACAUUAAAACAAAACAAAAUGAAUAAGGCACAAGCCCUGCCAUUGACCGAAGAUAUAAUGAAGCUACAGGAUCACCUACAGACUCUAACAAAUACCAGUGUUGCAACCCUUAAAGUGGAAUUUUCAAAAUCAGCCUUUGAUCUUUUGAAUCAGGUUACUCUAGCACGCCUUGUGCUAUUCAAUAGACGCAGAGGAGGCGAAACCCAAAGAGUUUCACUGGAAGCUUAUGAAUCUAAACAUAGCAAAGACUCUACACUAAAAGAAGUGCAAGAAUCAUUAAGUCCAGUGGAGAAAAUGCUAUGUGCAACGUUUUCAAGGAUUGAAAUAAGAGGGAAGAAAGGACGCACUGUCCCAGUCUUAAUUACCCCAGAGUUGGAUAACUGCAUAGAUCUGCUAAUACAUCACAGAAAAUCAGCUGGAAUCCAUGUAGAGAACCAUUUUUUGUUCCCUAGGUCCAAUUUUGACUCUAGACAACCAAUAAGAAGCACAGAUGUCAUCAGAAAGUUUGCAAGUGAGACAGGCUUAUCCAAAACCGAUAACAUUACCAGCACCAAACUCCGGAAACAUGUUGCCACUGUUUCUCAAGUUUUAAACUUAACCCAACACGAUAUGGAAACUAUGGCUGAGUUCAUGGGGCAUGACUUAGAUGUCCAUCGGGCAGUCUACAGACUUCCACAAGAGACCAUUCAGGUUGUGAAGAUCGGAAGGGUGCUUAGUGCAUUUGACAACGGAACUAUUGCCCAGUAUCAGGGAAAAACUCUUGAUGAAAUAGCUGUAGAAAAAUAUAUGGAACUUAGCAGUGAAGAUAACACAGAUCCUGAGAUAGACUGUGAUGAUGAUGAUGUAAAGGACCAAAGAAUCCCGUCUUACGUUAGACAGGCUUGCAGCAGAAUGGAUGUUUCUCAAGAUAGUGAGGAAGAGGAGCAGAAAAGCACAGGUGGAAAAACAGGAAAAAGCAAAGGGACAAAGCCUUUGAGGGAAAAGAGGGGAGCAGUACAGAAGCUGACAGAGGACCAGAACAAGCUUUUGAGAUUACUGUUUAAAACAAAUGUACAAUUAAGAAGAGAACUCAGACAUGCAGAUUGUAAAAAGUGAUAAACAAAUAUCCUGUACUUGGGAAUCUUGACUGGAAAAAAAAACAUAGUACAUAACUGGAUAACUCAAGAAAAAAGAAAGAUGAAAAAUAUUUAAGUUUUUGGGGGAAUCGCAAGAGACUUGGAAUGGGAAGGGAUAAGAUAUACGUUCAUGUAUUUCUGGAUACCUGUUUUGUCUUCAUUGUUGACAGCUUGAUUUCUGAAAAAUCACAGCAAGCGUCUCCAUU